AUGGCGGCGACGAAUCACCAACCGGCGGCGACGAACUUCGCGCACGGCCUCUUCUCGGAGCCGGCUCCGCCAGUGUCCGACGGAUCGGACGAGUUCACCGAGUUCGACGUAUGGGGAUCCUUUCCUGCCGGACCGAUCUCGCCGCAACAGGCCGAGCUGCUCCGCGCCGGCAGGCCGACCCCCUCCGCCCGCGGCGACAGGGCAGGGGAUCGCCGACGCGCGGCCGCCGCGUCGAUGCCGGUGAAUAUACCGGACUGGUCCAAGAUACUCGGCAACCGCACUGGAAGUUACAGAAAAAAGGCAAGCGGCGUUUACUUUACGGCCGAAUGCGACGUCGGCGAGGAGGAGGUGGAGAUCGCGAUCUCCGGAGAGCGGCGGAUGGUUCCGCCGCACGAGCUGCUGGGCCGGAACCGGGCCGCGUCGAUGUCGGUGCACGAGGGUGUCGGCCGGACGUUGAAGGGGCGAGAUCUGAGCCGGGUUCGCGACGCCGUGUGGGAGAUCACCGGCUUCCAAGACUGA